CACAGCCAUCACUCUCCUGUCACUCUCACGCCUCACUGAGCAACCACAGCAUCGCAUGCACGCAGCUGUGCCCAACUCCCACCUCCAAUCCCAUCCGUGCCAGCACACCCUGCCAUCCUGCCUCCCACCACCACCACCCUUUAAUACUCACCUCACACUCUUCACUUCACUCACGCAGUCACAGUGUCACACGGGCUUGGACAACCACGCGGGCUUGGACAGAGAUGGCGCUCGCCGCCGCCCUCCUCCUCUUGCUCCCUGUCCUUCUCACGGCAAUGGCGGCCACGCCGUACCCUCACGGCCGCGGCGGCGACCCUGUCCUCGGCGCCUCCAAGAAGUACGAGGGCAGCUCCAACCUGGUGGACCUCCGCUACCACAUGGGGCCCGUCCUCUCCACCGCGCCGCUCCGCCUCCACGUGCUCUGGUACGGCCGCUGGGACCCAGCGCAUCAGGUCCCUGUCCGCGACUUCCUCCUCUCCCUCUCCGACCCGUCCCCGCCGCGGCCCUCCGUCGCCGACUGGUGGGCCACCGCCGGGCUCUACGCGGACCAGACCCUCGCCAACGUCACCCGUCGCGUCGCGCUGGCCGGGGAGGCGGCCGACGAGGCUGCCUCGCUGGGCCGCUCGCUCUCCCGGCUCGACAUCCAGCGGGUGCUCGCCUCCGCGGUCGCCGCGGGGCGUCUCCCCGCCGACACCCGCGGCGGCGCCUACCUCGUGCUCACGGCGCCCGGCGUGGGCGUCCAGGACUUCUGCCGCGCCGUGUGCGGAUUCCACUACUUCACCUUCCCGUCGCUCGUCGGCCACACUCUGCCGUACGCAUGGGUGGGCCACAGCGGCGGGCGGUGCGCCGACGUCUGCGCGUACCCGUUCGCGCUGCCGGAGUACAUGUCCAGAAGCGGCAUGGCGGCUCUGCGGCCGCCGAACGGCGACGCGGGCGUGGACGGCAUGAUCAGCGUCAUCGGGCACGAGCUGGCUGAGCUCGCCACGAACCCGCUGAUCAACGCGUGGUACGCCGGGGAGGACCCCACGGCGCCGACUGAGAUCGCCGACCUCUGUGAGGGUGUGUAUGGGACCGGCGGCGGCGGCGGGUACGCCGGGAAGGUGGCGGUGGACGCGCAGGGGAGGAGCUGGAACGUGAAUGGGAGGAAUGGGAGGAGGUUCUUGGUGCAGUGGCUGUGGAGCCCAGAGACUAGGGCCUGCGUGGGGCCCAAUGCCGGUGACUAGGAUUGUUGGUCACUGAUAGUAUGGGAUUUUUAGUAUGGUUUUUUUUAGGGAUUUGGAAGGUGCCUCGGAGUAUUUUGCCUGGUUUGGGUGACUUGUAAUCGUAUUAUUUUGAAUUUUCUUUUUUUUUUUUUUUUUUUUUGCAAAAAUAUAUGAUCAUUUGAAAAUAUUGCACA